AUGUCUGUUGGUGUGGGGGUGACCAACCAGAAAAACGCGAGCAAAGCGCAGGCUGGGGGUCGAAUCCUACCGGUGUCUGAAAACGAAGCCUACGCCGAUGGCAACGACCACAAACUGGGGUGGAGUGGCGUCCGGGUUGGAGACUCUCCGAAUCGAUGGGCGGCCACAUCAUCAACCCACUUGACGACCGAGCUGUCCGCUGGCAACACAAUCCUGGUCGAACUUGCAGGUGUUCUUUCAAGCAGGCCGGUGUUUCAUCGAUACGCGGAUGACAAUCGUAUCCCUCGACCUCAUUAG